UUUCCACCGCCUUUUACAGUUUUCUACAAGGCAAUACUGGGGUCCACCGCAGAACAAGGCUCCUACUCCAUCUCAAACUCAGUCCCUCCUUCACAGCCAGCGAAGCUCGGAGACCACCGCAACAAGGACUAACUUGUGGUUUUUAUUCCGAGGCAUCGGCUAUAUAAACUGUCAGCAACCCCUAGGAGUCGUUUCUUGAAGCCAAGAACAUGAUGCCCUGUAUAUUCUGCUAGUAUCUUGUUUGUCUUCACUUGGUUUCUUGCAAUCAGUGAACAUUUGGUGUAACCUGGUAUUCCCGUUGUAAGCGGAUAUUUUUUAGUGCAGUGAUUGAGUUUGAGUGAUAUGGAUGUUCAAAGGCCUUCAAAUAAUGCCAUGAGUGCCCGUCCAUUAACUCCACUGAGAGCAAUUAGGGGUGUGGUUUGCUUAAUUGUGCUUGUUUUGACUGCCUUCAUGAUGUUAGUGUAUUUUGGCUUCAUGGGCGCUGUUAUAGUUAGGAUUUUUAGCAUACCUUACAGUAGAAGAGUAACAGCUGUCUUCUAUGGUGCUUGGAUAGCUUUAUGGCCUGUUCUUUUUGAAAAGAUAAACGGGACUAAAGUUAUCUUUUCUGGGGAAACUGUUCCCACAGGGGAACGCAUUUUGCUUAUUUCAAAUCAUCGAACUGAGGUGGACUGGAUGUAUUUGUGGGACUUGGCAUUGCGCAAAGGACAGCAGGGAUACAUAAAGUAUAUCCUUAAAAGUAGUUUAAUGAAACUUCCUGUAUUUGGUUGGACGUUUCACAUAAUGGAGUACAUUUCCGUGGAGAGAAAGUGGGAGGUCGAUGAACCAAAUAUGCGUCGAAUGCUUUCAACUUUAAAUGAUCCUCAAGAUUCUCUCUGGCUUGCUCUUUUCCCAGAAGGAACAGAUUUCACUGAGCAGAAGUGCAUCCGUAAUCAGAAGUAUGCUGCUGAACAUGGCUUACCUGUACUAAAGCAUGUCUUGCUUCCAAAAACAAAGGGCUUCUAUGCAUGUUUAGAAGAAUUAAGGGGAUCUUUGGAUGCAGUUUAUGAUGUGACUAUCGGCUAUAGGCCUAGUAGUCCGACUUUCUUCGACAAUGCCGCUGGGGUGAACCCUACUGAAGUUCAUAUGCAUGUCCGACGUAUCCCACUUGAUAAUAUUCCCUCAUCUGAAGACGAGGUUACGACUUGGCUAAUGAAUACAUUUCAUUUCAAAGACCAGUUGCUCUCAGAUUUUCAUUCUCAAGGCCAUUUUCCCCAUGAAGGAACAGAAGGUGAACUCUCUACUCUGAAGUGCCUUAUCAAUUUUAUGGCAGUAAUUAUCGCGACAGGAACGUGUACAUACCUAACCCUUUUCUCGUCCAUCUGGUUUAAGAUAUAUGUAUCUUCCGUUUGUGCAUAUCUCAUAUCUGCUACUUACUUCAAUAUUCGACCAUUGCCCAUUGUUAGCCUUUUGAAAGGCUUGUUUAAUUGUAAAUCAUCUUAGAUUAUUAUUAUUGAAGGAGUGUCAACAGGUUCCAUAUAUGAGUUUUGUACCGGUUGUAAUUUUUAAGUGGGUAGCAAUAGCAUAAGUAGUUUCCUUCUCAUGCAGAGUAGAUGCAUCCAAACUUUUAGAUUGUAUGAUUCAAGAGUUUUCUCUGCCAGCAGGCUUGGUAUGGUGUUUGUUAUUAUUUUACUGGACGGUUCUAUUUGCAUAUCAAAA